CAGGAUUCGGUGGUCCAGAAGAUAUAGUAGGGGUCUCCAAUGAUGCAUGUAACACACAGAAUAUGUCACUGGACUGUAAUGUUAUCAAAGUUGAUUUUGGUGACCAACUUGAAACUACAAUUCCUAGUGCUAAGGAUGACCAAGUUAUUUUUGACGAUGUUAUUCAAAGCGAGAAUCUAAAUAAAGUUCAAGAAUUGUCUAGUAAAGUGGACAAUGUCCUCUCUAGCAUAGAGUCAAUGAGAGUUGUAAACAUUGCUCGGGACGUAAUAAUUGAUAAAAUCCUUGAAUUUGUAAGCCGCAUUGAGACAAUGAUAUCACAACUCAGUCUGAACAAUGAUUUCGAGACUCCGACCAAGCUCUCUGUACAGAACACACAUCCAAUCUCAAGAUUGAAGGCUAAGAGUUCAGCUAUUGAUAUUCAUACGGCUAUAUCAGACGAUGAGGAUGAUCUUACUGUACUGGAUCAUAUGUCUUUCACCCACGAUGAUCCGUUCCACAUCAAGAUCAAUAUGGACAAACCAGUAUCUCCAACUAUAAGAUCCGCACCAAAAAAGAAAAAUAUGUCAAAGGGUAAGAGCAUUAUGGGGACGCAGAGAAAAUUACCGUUCACUCACCCAAGCGGAAUUAGAAAGCCAAAGAUUGAGCCCAAAUCAGUCAAUAAAUCGAAGGCGUCUUAUGCACUGAGCCAACCCACAAAAGACUAUAGAAGAGCUGUUUAUUUCUUUUCCAUUACCAGCGUAAUUACCACUUAA